AUUAUUCUUUUGCGCGAAGGUCAGAACAGUCCACGAUAUCGUGUAUCAUCAUCGAUUUUGGUGUUUACAAUUUUGACCGAGGCGAAGGGUUAGUGCGUAUUAUUUUUCAGCCCAUUUGAACUAUUUUGACAAUGUUCAGCUCAGUUACUAGUUGGUUGGGCGUUGGCGAAAGACCAAAAGAUGAUUCUGACGUAUCUGAUGAAAAUAAGGAGAAUGUUAACCACCAGGAAAUAAAGUCGAAAGAAACAGACCAUAACAAAACGGAGAUCCCUCAAAGUGAGUCGACGUCAGCUGACAAACCGACAAAAGAGACAACCAACAGUGAAAACAAGGAAAAUGAUGAUAGUGAAGGACCAACAGCACAGCAGACUUUAGAAGAUGUGUCAGCAAAGGCUCUAAAUACUGCCAAGGAAUGGGGGAGUUAUUUGUAUAGUUUUGGGAAGAUUGCUGGACAGACAGUUGCUGAUACAGCCAAACAAAUUAAAUCGACUGUAGAAGAAAAGACUAUAAUUGGUGAUUUUACCAAAGAACAAAAUAAGUUUGUAGCAGAAAAGAAAGAGGUUAAGAGACAUCAAGAGGCAGCAGUAGCACCAUGGGUUGGUUAUAAUGAAGAGGAGACAAUGAGACAACAAAUCAUGGCUUUGUCACAGGAUAAACGAAACUUCCUCAGAAAUCCUCCACCAGGUGUUCAGUUCCAAUUUGAUUUUGAGGCCAUGUAUCCUAUUGCCCUGGCAACUCUUCAAGAAGAUUUGAAUCUAAAAGAAAAAAGAUUUGAUUUAGUUCCCAAACAGGUAUCAGAAGAAACAUUCUGGAGGAAUUAUUUUUAUCGAGUUUCAUUAAUCAAGCAGUCCACACAACUGACAUCUCUUGCUCAACAAACAGGAAGUACUGGUGAGAGUCGUUCAUCUAGUAGUUCAAGAAGAUCAUCAACUGGAAGUGAAAAUAAAGGCUGGGUAGAUUUAAAAGGAGAAGUAACCAGCGCUAAAGCUGUACCUGCUGUAGAUAAAGAACUGGAAUCCCAACAACCUGACAGUCCUAAUGAAAAUGAGUUUGUAAGUGAUGCUUUCUCUGAGAACCAGAUGGAUGAAGAAGCUCUGAAGAAAGAAAUGGAACAAUUAGCUGUAAGAGAAGAAGAUGCAUGGGAGAAGGAAUUACAACAAGAAUUACAGGAUUAUGAAAUGGUUGAUGAGGGUCCAGAACUUGAAGAUGAUUUAGAACAAGAAAUCUUAAAACAAAUAGAGCAAGAGGCCAAUCUUAUUUCAUGAGACUAAUGUACAUUCUCAUCAUUUUAAUCUAAUUUCUUUGAUAGCUCUAUGUAAAUAUUAAUAUUCUGACAUAUAAAUUAAUAAACUAAGGUUAUUUCAAUUUUCUUUUGGUUUCAAGGCUCGUUUAUUAUCAAUGAACAGUUUGUAGAAUUGUAUUAUUGUUAAUUCAAUUGUUAAAAUUUUUAUGUACAAAGUAUAAGUUGUUGUAUUAAUCUAUGGUCUUCUGUAUAAUGUGGUGUAUUUUGUGAUUUUGCAUCUUUUAUUUUAUUGUUUGAAGAAACGAGUGCACCAAUUAUACAGAGUCCGUUCCAUUUUGUUUGUGUGCACAUUGUUGCUUUCUUGAUGUAUUUUUGUUAAGUUCCACAUAUUAUACUAUUGUCAGUCAGGUAUUUUAUAAAAAUAUAAUGCUGAGUCAUCUAACAUGGUCACUUGAGAUCAAGUCUGCCUUGUUCGUGGCAAGGAGUAGGGUAGCCUGCUUAAACUUUAGGCUUCUUGCUGGGUCCUCUGGUUUCCUAUCACUGCUAAAGACCCUUGUACAAGCAAUUUAUUGAAAUGAAGACAUACCACGUGUUAGUCCCAAAAAUAUCUGAAUUUGGGCUUAGUGAACUUUUAAUCUUAUUUCUCUCCAUCUUAUGAAAAUAACUAACUAUGGGAAUAUCAUAGUAUUAUUAAAUAUGGUUAAUAGUUAGUACAGUAUAUAUAUGUUUGUAAUAAUCAGAAAACUGCUUAUAUCAUUUUGUAAAGGUGUAUAUUUUCCUUUUGAAAUCUGUUCUUAUAUUGUAAUAUAGAGAUGUGUAUUAUUAGUGUAAAUAUUUUGUAUAUAGUGGAAAUUUUGUCAGGCUGCAAUAUAAGCUUAUAUAAUAAUUGUUAUAAAUCUUUAUGUUAUAUAUAUGCACCUGUGUUUUACUUUUUACAAUACUAAAGGUUCUUAGUUUAUUUACUCAUGGCAAAAAUUCUGGUUAUUUAACAUGUGUGGGAAAAUACUUGGGCUUUUCUUUCCUUGAUUAUAUUAUUUAUAGAUAUUUCACAUUAAUAAUUUGUUAAUUUUGAUAACUUGCAGAAAAAGUAGCCAUUAUUUAUAAUUUGUCCAUCUUAAUACAUGUAUUGUGAUAUUUUCUUAAUAAUAAUUGAUGAAUUUUGCUGAAGGACUAAUUGAUUUCAGAAAAGUUAGUGAUGCAGGCUACACAAUUAUUAUUAGAAGAGGAGAAAUAAAUAGAUAUUUAAUUGACAA